AUGCCUUCGCUGUGGAAACGGAUAAGCUUCUCGGCGGCCUCGGUGCUGUGCGUCGGAUCCGUGGCUCUCCUCCUGGUGGCCCUGUCCACAGAGCGCUGGGUCACCGGGCGCAUCUUGUGCAAAACCGGCGUCGACAUCGUCAACGCGUCCCACCCGGAGCUGGAGCUGUUCACCGGGGACGUCUACUACGGUCUGUUCCGCGGAGGCAAGACCAAGAAGUGCGGGCUCGGGACCAGGCGCUCCAAAAUCCACAUUUUUCCAAAGCUGGUGCGCACAUUGAACGGCGGCCUUCACAUGAUGGUCAUCCUCUUCUUGCUGGCAGCCGUGUUCUUCGCGCUGGUCAGUCUGUCCUUCAGCAUCUACAAUGCACGGAAGGUCCCCUACCAGAGCAUCAAGGGUCACAAGGGACUCUACCUGUGGAAUAUAAUUGCCGCUGUGUUCGGUUCCCUGGCCGCACUCUGCUUCCUGGCAGCCAUGAGGCACCACCGCCUCACAGAGCGCGUGGUCAACUACCGGGAAAACUUCUUCACCUUGGUCGUCCUGAACGACGAGCUUGACUGGUCUUUCUGGUUGAGCAUGGCCAGCGUGGGCACUCAUCUGACAGUGUGCGGGGUGGUCGCCCUGAGUCGGGUCAAGAUGCCCAAAGCAGAGGUCAAGGUGCCAGAGCAGCCCACCAUCUCCUCGCUGGAUUUGCUCUACUGACAGUUAAAGUAAAGAUGGUGCCAGUGAUUGAAACUUGCCAAGUAGACAAGAUGUUACGUGAGAAUUGGAUCAGAUUUCCUGCUAGUUCAUUGUGAAAGGCUCACAUUCAUGAUCUGAGGACGACAAUGUGAGCCAAAUGGCCAAUAUUAAUGCCCAUAAUCUCUUUUUGCAUGUUGUUCGUGGCCUCUGUGUAUUAGCUAAAAGAAAUGUGUCAAUUUUCUAUUGUUGUUAUAAUCUUAGUGUUUUGCUAAGGAAGCAUAUUUUGCAUCUUAAGUUGCUGCUGAAACGGUUCAAUAUAUACUU